CUAUGUAAACAUUUACUCUGGAGUUUUUCUUAACUUUGAAGUAGCAGUUAAUAUAAGUUCAGUUUCAUUCUGAUCAUGGGUUUCUGUCCUUGAAAAAUAUUUCUCAGAACUUAUUCAUUUAGAAAUAUGUUCAUGUAUAAUGGUGUAAAAAUAUUUUGUGCCAUAUGUUAUAAUCACCUUGCAAACAUAAGUGAGAAAAUUAUGAAAGUUCAAAAGAUUUUCUGCAGGAAGAGAGAACGCUAAACAAAUUCAGGAAAUAAAAAAAGCUCAAUUAUUGGUUUUCAUCCUACAUUAACAUGAUUUCAGAGUCAUUUAUGCUACUAAAUCAAUAUCUUGAAACCUAAUUUAAAAGAGGUAGUCUGUUAAGUUAAAUCUCUUAAGAUUUUGCUAUCUGUCCUUGUAAUCUCUAUGACAGCUUUAUCUUGUCAUUUGACAUCCAAGACCCCUUCCAAAUACUAGUAGAGUUUCGUUUUUCGGAUAACUUUGUAAUUACCAUGCUAACGAUUUUAUGUAUUUAGAUUCAGCAAAAUAUCUUCAGAUCUAGACCACAGCAUAAAAUAUUUUUUAUAUUCACUGCCAUGCCUUUCCUGCAUUUCUCUGUCUCUGUGUUUUGAUGCGUCAUUAUUAUUUUCUUGGUUUAUUUUAUUUUUAACUUCAUAAACCCUGCUCGUUUCUAAGUUGGCUCCCAGUGGACCAGCCCCUCCUCCCACGCACAAAGCUUCACCUGGCCCACGUAAAGGAGGUCUCCAGGGACUCGCACAGGCGGCGCUGUCCCUGACAGCCAAGUGUCCGCCAGCAAACCCUUUGGCCCUGACACCACCUCCUUUUCUGGACAGCUUCUUGGAUGAAUUAGAGAAACUAAGUACUUUAACCUUAUCUGGUGACCAAGACAAAUCAAAUAUCCUAGAGGAGAUCACCCUUGAAAUUCAGGAGGAGCCCUCAGUUCUCUUUCCGUUGCCUCCAGCAUCUCUACCUGCCACAUCACCAUCCUCUCUGCUCCCUUUCACCGGCUCUGGUGUCAGCUCAGCCACAGCCCAGCUCUCUGAGGCAGUGCCACUUCAGGAUCCCAGAAUGACACCUCAAAACAAGUUUGCAGAUCUGACAAAAAUGAGAAGGGGCUUUUCGGGCCCUGACAAAGUACCUCAAGUCCUAGGUGAUAAGUUCGUGGCCUCUGCACACACCAGUGUGGGUCCCUUGCCCCAAACCCUCCCUGUCAUUGGAGAGGAAGAUGAGGAAAUUGGUGAGGGGGUCAUGUCAGGCAUUCGAAGAAGGCCAGAAUCUCAAGAAGCAGAUGCCUUGUGGUGUGGCCAUGUUGGCACAGAGACGACACCAAGCCUGCACAUUGAAGAGGAGGAAGAGGAGAGAAAAACUGACUACUUAAAAUAUCCAGUAGCCAGCCCCACAGAUCCUAGGACCCCUAAGGAAGACAGCAAUGCAGCAAAAACCAGUAAUGAGACACCUUCGUUCUCUCCGGGCGACCGAGCGUCUACACCUUUUCCCAGCUGUCUUCUUUCCUCCCCUCCCUUUCAUUCUCCCUUGGCCUCUGACUCUGAGCUGGUCUCUACACUCUCUCAGCCUCCCCAGCCCUGCUCACCUCCUCUCCUCCCUAAAUACUCUUAUCAACAGGAGAUAAAUUCACCAAAAUUAAAGGCUGAUUUAAAAAGCAAGAUAUUUGUCUUGGGUAAGCCUCCACGUAGCCCAGUGAUGUCUAGGAGAUCCUGCGGCUCGCCUGUCAGAGGGCUCAGCGGUUCCCACAGGGUAGGGUCAAAACACCCCGCCUUGAGCCGGACACCCUGGCCACCGCCCACACUCCCAGGGGGCUGGCUCUCCCUUAGUUGUCAUUGCUGUGCUUUGCCAGUAAAGUAGGGCUUAUAGAGGCACCCUCAAGAUAAAGUGACCAACUGAUGAGAAGUUAUGAAGUCCGAUCAACACGAAAAUCCUAUGCUAAGUCUUUGGGCAAUGUGCUUCCCUUUUAUGUGGGUGUGUAAGCUUUCCAAAAUGCAAAAAGACAUGAGUCAGCUCUCCACUCUACAAAUAAGGAUGUAGUAUAUGUUGUCUUCGACAUCUGUCUCCUGCCUCUAUGCAAUGUUCUCUGCAAAUCACUGCUUUCCAGUUACUAUUUUUAGUGCAAAGAACAAAGCUGUUGUCAAUCAUAUACUGAGCUCACACCCUUCCAGUCAUGUUUGCAUUUGUGUCAUUCAGUUUAUUUGGAUUUUUUUUUAAACCCAUGAUCCUUGUUGCAAAAUAUCUUGUUGCUCUGGUGAUACAUGCUACAUUCGCUCUACGACCAUUUUCAAUCCAACCCUGCUGCUCAGAACUCUGGGGACUCCCAAUCUCUUGACAGCUUUGACUGAACUUAAAGGUCAGAUUACUUUUCCUUUAGCUACUGAGCUCUUUGGCAUCUACAGCACUUUAAAAUGAACAGAUUCUAAAUGGUACCAUCAAUUCUGAGGACGGCAGCCAAAGCGUGUGGGAAUUUUCAUCUCUGCAUACGCUGGGAUUCCUUUCACCAUUUCUAUUUUCAUGGACCCUAGUUCAACCUUAUCUGGUCUAUCACAUAACGGGUUCUGCAAGUUUUUAAGGGCUUCAUUGCAAAGAUUUCCUUUCCACUUAUAGAUACUUCUCUGUGUUGAUGCCGUUUUUGUGCUUUUUGCUUUGCAUAAUAAGACUUCGUUUUGUUUUUGAGGCACAGAUUUGUGUUGCCAUAGAGAAAGAGGAAUGUUGAUUUGAAGAGUCUUAGACUCCACUGAAAGACCUUCCAGAGCCAAAAUAAAAAGAAAGUUUUUUCCUCAAUUAAUGUGGCCCAUCCAUAAAUUUCCCAUGGGUCGAUGAGGUGGUAUGUUCUGGGUCACCUUAAGUUUUUUGUCUUUGCCAGAUUUUUACAUUAUGUGUUUGCAUGUUACAUGUGUUUGUGUGGAACAUAAACAUUCUUUGUUCUUUAGAUUUAUGCAAAAUUGUGUUUCACCUUCAUAAUUGAAGGAGGAAAAAUAAGCCUAUAUAUAUAAACAUGUUGUUAAGAGAAUUUCAUCUAAUUCUGGUUGGCAAGUACUACAGCUAAAAUUUUCUGGGAAAAAAAUUGACUUAAGAACUCUAGAACUGCUUAUAAUUCUUUUAAAGAUUUUUCCACGUUAGUAUUUAAAAUAAUAGUCAAUCCUUGAGAAUUACCUAAUACUGGACAUAGCUAAUCCUCCGGAGAUGCCUCUGCAGAAGCACAGAUAAAUAGAUGGGCUUUGGAUACUGUAUCUCACAUCUGAGAUAGGGAAGGAUAUAUUUUACUGAUACCAGAGAUUCUAGGAUAUUUCAAACCAGUUUCCUUUAUGAUCAGUGGUUUGAGAUUUGGUUCUGGCUUUAAAAAUUAGCAUCUCUUUAACACCUGUCUCAUUUGUAUCCAUUUUUUACAACAUUAAAAAAUAACUACACUAAACGAGAAAAAAAAAUGCUUGUUACAUGGCCAAGGAAAAGGUUAAAUAUUUAAGAUUUCAUGAAAAUACCAUGAUGCUUCAUUGGAUUUUCUCAUUUUUAUUGUACUCUUAAGACUCAUCAAGGCAAUACAAGCAUGAUCUAAUUCUCGCUCAAAAUUUCCAGCGCGGUGUCUGGCAUCUGUUAACCUGAAAACCAUCUUCUUAAGUUCAGAGUUCAUGUGAGGCUCUCUGAAUGUCACAAAUGUAUAUUGUUCUAUAUUUAUUGCAAAACUGCUAAGAAGUUAUGAGUAAUAGAAAUGCCUGAGCAGAUAGUUAAAAUAGAAAUGAACACAGACCAAAAAUACUGGCGGCUAAAGAGUGAUCCUUUCUCAAGAAUAAAAAACGUGGGAAGGGAAAAACAUGGUCAUACAAACAGAUGAAUAUCUGUUCCACAUCGCUCUGUGGUCUUUAAAACAUCCUUCCACAAUGAACCCAGGCUGAAGGAACUUGGCGAGAACUGACCCAAGGCAGCAGUCUUACACAUGUUGCUGCCACUGCUCACCAUUAGGUGGCAAUAGAGUGCAGAUACACUACAGAUCGUUUUCUCGAGGUUUGUGCGGACGAGUUAUAACACCAGGGUGGAAAAGGCAAGAUAGUCUCCUAAAAUAAUUGGCUUGAGUAUCCGUACAGACAUAAAUACUAGCCUAAAGGACAAAAUGAAGACGCUGAUUUUAACCAACGUAGGCCAUCUAUUCCAUCAUAGCAAUCUUCUCUGCAAUAAAGAAUGAAAGCCAAAUUAUAAUUCCCUUUCUUCUUUUUACCUAUUUGUGAUAUUAAGAAAUUGUGUUUGAGUUUUACUGAUCUUCAAAGUGAAGUUGAAUUAUUACUACUGUUGUUUUCACAUGACUGACACACUUGAGAAUUAACCCAUAAAUGUCAGUUGUCACAGCUCUUUGACAACUGAAUGGGCAAGGUUGAUGAUGGCUUCUCUGCAUGACAGAGGAAAUAUAUCUGUGGACAUAUGGAGUCCUUUAUGGAUUCCCUGAGGGUCAAGAUCUUAAUCCUCAUCUUGAUGUUAUGGAUAAGGAAGCUUGAGGUGCCUAUCCAAGGUUAUAUAGUCAAUGCCAAUCCCAGACAGAUUAAUGCUACUCAUAAGUAACUAUUAAUGCUACUUACUCUUCUAUUGGCCAAAUACUUUUAAAAUAAAUUAAUUCAAAUACUGUAACUGGUCAUCUUUCCUCAAAACUGGUUCCUACUUAUCCACAUUGACAUGGAGAUGAUUCCUGUUAAAAGUAACCUUGGGAAAGUUCUAAAAUUCACCAUUAUAAUAAAUACUCAAUUUCUAAUAAAAGCUGUGAUAAAUUCUGGCCUGACUAUGUAAACAGUGCAGAAAAUUGAUGAUUCAGAAAAAGUGGGGCGGAGGUCUUUUUAAAGGGUAUGAAGGAAGAGAAAAGACAUAUUAGGAAAGAUUGGUACAAGCAAAGACAUUACUGGCUGGCACAGCCAGGAACACAAGUUCUUGAGAAGUAAAGGACUGUGGAAUUAAGGGAGCCACAUACUUCUAGCAAUAGCCCAGUUUUCGUAAUUGUCAAAGGGAUGGUUCACUGAAGUGAUUAGUGAGAUGAGUUGAAUUGAAGGAAUUAAACGAAUAGAAUUGUAAUAACAAUAACUAAAAGGUUAUACGUGGGUUUAAAAAGUAGAAUAUUUUAUAUUGAGUAACCAUCUGAUUUUUAAAGUCAUAUUCCCAUUUUAACAUAAGGGAGCAAUGAAAUCAGACCAACCAGUUUUACCAAGAACUGGAUACCAUGAUGUAAAAGUAAAAACUUUUACUCCACUUAAAAAUAUUAGAAUGGUUUAAAUAUGAGGAAAUAGGCUCAUCAUUUUUAGAGCACAGUGAAAUAAAUUUUACAAAAUAUUGUCUCUUAACAACAAGUAAUAUUUUCUUAUUUAUAGCUUUGUUAUGCACUGUAAAUGGUGCUAGGAUUGUUUUUGUGAGAGAACCAUAAUUAUCUUGGUAAGUGGUCUGAAAUAUGGCCUUUUAGACUUUUUUAAGUUAUGUUUUUCUAUGGAGUAUUUUUGAGGGACUAACACGAGCAUUUUCAAUAUCAUGUAACUUGAAUAUAUAACCUUUGGCCAGAAAUUUUACUCCUGGAAAUGUGUUCUCUGGACUAGUUCAAAAGAAGAAAAUAGCUCUUUGUAUAAAAAUAUUUAUAGCAUUGUUAUUUAUAUUCCUAAAAAAAAGUCCAGACCACUCUUAACUUCAAAAACAAAAAAGAGAGAGAAAUGGUUAAGAUAACUAAAAAACAUAUAUACACAUAUGAAGGAAUAUUAUUCUGCAGUGAUUUACAAUGAAAAAGACUGAGAAAAGAAGACCGGAAAAUUAUUACAAAAUGUUAAUAGCAGUUGAUAUAUACAAAUCUUAUUUCUGCAUGAAAGUUACAUAUAUAUGAUUGGAUGAGAACUUGAAGAAAUGUAAUAGGAUGUAGACUUAUGGAUGACUUAUAUUUACCUCUUUUUAUAUAUUUAAAUGAUUUAAUAAUAUGUUGAAUUAAAGGACCUUAAAAAUUGCUAGAAAACAGCUUAGUCUUAAUUAUUCUUAAAAUAGUAUAUUUUAUAUUUUUAAUAACAGACACAUUGUUAGUGAUCUUAUAUUGAUUAAUAGGAGUAAAGUAUUCUAUACUCUUAAGUCAUACGUAUGUCCAAUAAUUUUUAUCUACUCUUUAGUCUUAAAUUUAUAUAUUCCAUGCACAAGCUGUUGAGUGAAAAUUCUAAGAAUACUGUUAGUAAACGCUUCCAAUGAAUAGACUCAAAGCUGACAGUUUUAGUACUAUAAAUGUCUGGUCUCCUUAUUCUAGGUAGACAGCAUGGAGAGGAGUAGAUAAAGAAUUCAGGAAUGGAGCAGGUUAUGGGACUUAGUGAUUGAAAGGAACCCCAGAGCUCCCCAUCCAAUCUGGGACCAGUGGGGUUUGUAUGGACAAUUUGCAGGGCGGGGGGGUGGGGAUUCCCAGCCUGUCAGUGAUCUACUCAUAACUCUGGGAUCCAGGAGUGGGCCCUGCGGUCUAAAGACAUAGGAUUACUAAUUCAGGAAUCAUCAAAGAGUCACUUUUACAAUUGCCACGCUAGUUGAUUUAUCUCAUUUCACCAUGUAACCUUCAUUUAGAAGAGAAAGCUUUUGAAAUGUGUUGUGAAUGAAUUGUAAUGCUUCUUUUCCUCUGAAAGGUAACAUUUAGGUAGUCAGUAUAAACUACGUUGAGUUUACAUAUUCAACAAAUGUGCUAACUUUCAAUCGUUGCAAUAUUUAUGUGGAUGUAUGGGAUGCUAAGGCUUGUCAUUUCCAAUAUUAUAAGUAUCUAUUACAGAUACUGGUCUUGAUGCUUAGUUUAAAAAGAAAGGAAACUCUUUUGAGAGUUCAGUGCACUGGGAAUUUCUACCAAUAUUUCUCUUCUAAGGUAAAAUGUUACGUGUUACCUGGAUAUUGUUUGUUACAUUCUAUUUAAAGUUCUCUGUUUUCUCUUUUUAAAAAUGCAUGUGUUUUCUCUACAUUGAGAACAGAGAGUGUUAAUUCAAAUGUAGCAUGGGAUGUCUGCCUAUCGAUACUCUCAUCUGUACUGUAUGUGAAAAUGUUGUCUGUGAAGGAAAAGCAUAUUAGAAUGAAUGUGGAUACUUUGCCGUUAGACUAAAUGUGGUUUAUUUUCUGCUUGUUUGAGAAAACACUGAAGAAUAAGGUUGUAUGAAGGUGUCCAGAGUUCCCAUUCUGGUGGUUUGGUGUCUGUGUUCUUGCCAUGUUCCUGGCCUUUGAAAAAUCAAUGGGACUAAACUCUGACUUUUCCUUAAAGCUUGAGCAGAUGAGAUUGUGGAUGUGUUUAAAACAUUUGAACCUCAGUUAUUCUGAUUUCAUUUAAAGUACCCUUCAAAAUAUCUUAAUUACGAACCCUGCAGAAACCCUUUAUUUGGCUUUUUUUCUUCCUCUUGGUUUUUUACAACAGGAAAUAUUAAAUGUCAAGAAAAGUACCAUGCCAUUAUCCAAAUUAUCUUUUAAUUAGUACCAGUUUAAACAUUGAUUACAUUGAGAAUCAUUUC